AUGGCGGACGAGUACCAGAAUGACUCCAUGGACGAGGAAGACGAGUUUAAGACGCCAAUUGUUCGAGAAAAGAAUAAGAAGAAGAUAACAAGCGAAACAGAGAAUCACGACGAAGACGGGAAAAUGACCAUUAAGAUCAAGCAAAUCUCCGAGAAACCCGAUAGAAUGCCUCCGAUUGUCGCUUAUUUCUCUUCAGGAUACGAUCCUUGUGCGCAAUCAGACGAUAAGGAACCUCCGAAGGUUACUGUUUACAGUCAUAAGUUGGAGGCGAGGAAGAGGCUUCAGGUUGUGGUAAGCCCGCCUGGCUCAAGCGUGGAGUUCGUGGGCUCGAAUUACUCCGGCGAGCAAGCGGCUAGACAGACUUGUGUGUAUAAAUUAGGUAUUCUGAAUAAAGAGACUAAAACAUUGAGGAUUCUUCCGGUUGCUCACAAUAAGAUAUUCAGAUUGGAGCCAAGAGUUAAAAUUAGAGAAACAGUCGAUUCAGAAGCCUCGGAAAGUGCGGUCAUCACGGAAGUUAGCGCAGGAGAUCGACUGGCCAAACUUAACAAGAGUUUCGGUACAAAGGAUGCUAUUAAUCGGGACAAGAAGAGGCAUGCCUUAAACCUAGGAGAUGAUCCUGAGGCUCAAAAGUUCCUUGAGAGUAAACUUGACAAAGUAGCUGUUAAAACAAGUGCUCUUGAAAGCACCAGUUCCAGUGUUGCACGCAACAUCCCUCCUUACGAUGCCUCUGCAACGACUCCAGAAGAAGUUUAUCCUAUACAAAAUAUGAUCGAAAAAGGUCAAUGGAACUUCCUUCAAGAUAUUAACUGGCUUCUGGAAAAGGAAACUGAAGCAGCAACCGAUGCAUACCCUCUCUUUGUCCGCAACAGAUUGGACAUGUUGCGAGCUAUCGAGGACGAGACUGAGAAGCAGACGAUCUCUGUUGUCUUAUCUUUCAUAACCCAUCUUAUUAAGUUCAAUGACUUAAAUUCAAUGAAUGGCUACGAAUCAGCUAAAAAGCACAAGUUUCCUGGAAUCAUCCGUCAGAAAUUUACAAGCUUGUUCAAGGAUUCUGACUUAGUCAAAAUUCCUCAGGAGAAGAAGAACCUUCUGAUAAGCUACGCUCUUGUGCUCAGCCUCCACGUGGAUAAGUUCAAAACCAACCCAGAAGACAUCGCCAAGGAUCUGAGGCUUAGCAAUGUCGAACUGAGGAAGCAUUUUGAGAACCUUGGCUGCAAAAUCUCACGCGAGAAGUCAGGUUCUCUUGCGACCUUACCUGUCCCUCUCCAGUUCCCACAGGUGAUGCGGAAGAGGAAUCGAAGGGGAUGA